AUGCUGCGGCGUUUGAAAGCGCAGGUUAGCCAGGUCGCGAACGAGCUGCCAGGAGUUCUUUCUCCUACUUCUGGUCGUGACAAUCGAGAUGACUCCUCGUUCUUCUCCUCUUCCGAUACGAGUCAGAAUAACGUGGAUGACGAGAUUGAGGGAUUUCUGUGUCCAAUAUGCAUGAUCCACUUCAACUCUCCGGAGUCUCUUUCAGAGCACUUCGAAGAAAGUCACAAUAAAGGAGCAUCGAUGCUGAUUAACCCCAAUUUUGAAUAUUCCGGUUCUUCCUCAAUUUCGCCUGUAGGAAUGAGUCCAAAUGCCUUUUCUUCGAAAGACAAAGAAAUCGAGGAGUUGCGUAUUCAAGUUAAAGAGGAGCACACUUACGCAGAAAAACUAAAGGAGGAGUUGGACCAUAUUCAGUCCGUUUUCGCUCAAGCAUCGGAUGUUCCUCAGGGAGAAAUCCCUUACUUAAUGCAGCAGAUUCAAUUGCUUGAGGCCGGAAAGAGUAUGGUGACUCAGCGAAUGCUGGAAUUUGAAAAGGAAAAUGGUCAGUUGAAAAGAUCUUUGGAGAACGGUCAGCAAGAAAGAACUGAAAUCAUGACUAAACUCAAACAACUCAGUAAUCAAAUCCGAACACUCACGGAUGAGAACGAGGGAAAUAAGGUUGAGAAAGAGAUUGUUAGCAAGGAACUCAGCAAUUGUAGAAUGCAGAACGAGAAACUAGAAAAGGAGUUGGAUGUUCUGAAUAAAAUGCUUGAUCAGAGACCAAGCGAAGAUGACGUAGCUGUUCUGCGAACUGAACUUGUUCAUGCGCAAAAGUUGAUGGAUGAAAUCUCCCAACAAAAGGAUGUAGAAAUCAAUGAGCAUUUGAAUUCUGUCCGUCAGCUCAAUAUGGAAAGAGAGAAACAGAAAUGCAUCCUCGAAAACUUGCAAAAGCAACUUAUGGAGAGCGGCACAUCUUCGAGAGAGUCCUCAGAUAAAGUCCGUGCGUUGGUAACUGAAUUGGAAGACACUCGACAGUUACUUAUGACUUGCCAAAAAGAUCUAGAAGAUGCCAAAAGUGAUGCAUCUCAAAAAGCCAAGCGUGUCGAAGAGCUUCAUGGAAAAGUUGAAGCCAAUCUCGCAGAGCUUACAGCUUGCAGAGAUAAAAUUGUACAACUAGAAGAAACUGUACGUGUAAGUGCACGUGAAAUUGAUGACUCUCAUGCGAUGAACGAGAACAAUCUCGCCAAGCUGACACAACUUAGUGAUAAGCUCGAGCAGAUGAUAGAAGAAAAGAAGAAGUAUGAGAAUGAAAUGUCUAAGUUCGAAGAGAAGAAUGAAGCACAAUCUUGCAGUAUCAGAAACUUGGAGCUGUCAAACAUGGAUCUUACGAAUGAGCUGUCUUCCUUGGGAUCCCUUCUUGAACAUGAACGGCAGCUAAUUGCUGAGAAGAACUCCGUUAUUGCGUCGAAGGAUCAAGAACUGUUUGCUGUGCGUGAAGAGUUGGAGAAAGCCAAGAACGAGACUGAAAGGUUGUCCAAGCAGUGCAUGUCGAAGUCGGCAGAAGUCGAUUCAAUAUCUAAGCAAGUAAUCACGUUACAGGAAAGUUCCAAGGAGCUUUUGCAAAAGGUUGCCCAAGGUGAAAGUGGAGUAAGGAUGGCUAUAGACCAAAUUAACGAGGAAAAAGAAAAUCUAUUGGAGAAAGUCGCUCAGUUGACGAAUGCCCUGGAAGAAGAGAAAAACAACCAUUUGUUAAAAUCAAAUGAACAAGAAAAAAGCUAUCGCGAAGAAAAAAGAGUUGCUGCGGAAACUCUGAAGAGAGUCGAGAAUCAAAAGGAGGAACUAGAAAGGCGUUUACGCGAGGCAGAAGACGACAACAAUCGAAAAGCAGAACGUUUCGUUGAAAUGGAAAAGGAAAUAGAAGAAGAACGAAGAAAAGCAAACGAACGGGUAGCUAAACUAAAAGAAAUUGUUCGGCUCAAAGAAACGUCUGCUUUGGAAGCCAGGAAACAGUUUGAUGAGUUAUCCACCCAGCUAUCCGAAACAAACCGUCUCCUUCGGGAGAAGGAAAGGCAACUAGAAGAAAAUCGCCAUAAAAUUGAAGAAUCUGUGAAGCACAUUGCAGAUGCAGAGCUCAAAGCUAGAAAAUUGGAGGCAGAGCUGUCACAGUGUGAAGCGCAGCGAAUUGCAACGUCUGAUUCUGAAUCCGAACUUCGCACUAGACUCAGUGAGCAUGAGUCGCUUUUAACCACGAUGAAACAACAGGUGGAAAAGUUAACCGCUGAUUUGAAUGCAAAAGAUCAAGCUCUACAGGAGGCGAGAAAUGAAACUGCGGAAAAGGAGGAACAUUGGAAGAAGAAACGUGAAGAGUUUGAGCUUCAGAUUGAGAAGGAUCAUGAACACAAUGAAGAGUUGCUUCACACAACGAAGGAGUUACAAGGUCUUCUUGACCAUCAGAAGAACGAAACCAAUUUGCGACAGGAAAAAGUUGAAGAACUGACUGUAAGAUUGCAAGAAGAAUCUUCUCGGUUAGCUGAGUUGGAGAAAGAGUCAGAAGAACGCCAGAAGACGAUGAAGAGUCUAGAGGAAACCGUACAACUUCUUGACGAGCAGCUUAAUGAAGAGAGGGCACGUUCUAAUGAAAUGCAGAGGAAGUACGAAGAUGAAGUCACUCUUUUGCAGUCCGUUGAGAAUGCGUUGUGUAACUCUAAAGUAGAAUUGGACGCAGUGAAAGAAAACGCUGAAUCUCGGCAAGCAGAGUUAGCAUCUCUUCUUCAGCAAGCAGAAACUAAACAUUCUGAGCUGUUCGCUGAAGUGGAAGCAAACAAACAGGAAAUUCUCCGUCUUUCCAACGUGAAUGCUCGUUUAGAAGAAGAUCUUUUAAUAAAGACAGCCGAAGUCGAUGGGUUCCAUGAGCGCAUGUCGAAAUUCGAAAACGAGUUGGCCGAGGAACGUCGAAAGUUUGAAGCAUUAGAAGUUGAGCGACAAAUGGCUACAGAGGAGUGCGUUCUGCUUCGUACACAGAAUGCGGAAGCAUCAAAGACUACAACCGAAACUAUGCAACAACUGCGAAAUGAAGCUGAUAAAUUGCGUGAUACUAUUCAGGCGAAGGAAGAGGAGUUAAUGGAUGUGAAUAGGAGAUGUGCACAGUUUGAAAAACUAUCCAAAGAUAUCCAAUUUUCGAUGGAUCGUGAGUUAUCCGCGAAAUCAGCUGAGAUUGAAAAACUGAUCUCUUCUGCUGCUGAAGCAGAAUCUUUAUCUUCUGCGAAAGAAGCGACGUUGACUGAGGAAAUAUCGGCGCUGAAAAGGUCAAUUAAAGCUGUGCAGUCUGAGCUGGACGAGCAAAUGCGACUUAGUCAAGAUGCUGCGAAAACGGCAGAGGAGCUAACUGCUGCUAACAUGGAUUUAACUAAAAAGAUUGCCUCAUGGGAAGAAGAGAAGAAUGCACUCAUUGAAAGGUGCCUCAACACCGAAAGCGACCUGGAUUUUGAGCGAGAUCGAGCGAUGGAAAACAAACGCCGCUUCGAUGAGGCGUUGUCAGCAAUGCACGAACUGGGCAGAGCUAACCAGUCUUUGCAGAUGGAUAUCUCAAAACAUACAUCGCGUACAUGGCUAGAUGACUCAGCCGCAGUAAACUGUACCAGUUGUGGGAAAGUAUUCACUCUCACUAUACGGAAACACCAUUGUCGUGUGUGUGGAUUGAUUUUCUGUGCUCCAUGUAGCUCCAAGACAGCCAAAAUUGCCAGCCAUAAAAACCCGGUGAGAGUUUGCGAUAGCUGCCACAGGGAGGUUCAGAAUAGGUGA